GUCAUAGUUGUGAGAGGUCAAUGUGUCCUUCCACACGUGUUUUCUUCUGUAAUCUUGGAGGAGCAGCAGUAACGGGGAGCUAGCCGGUCACACUAACUUAUUCUGUCCGUACACGUCUUAAUAUUUCUACACAGUCAUGCUCAAGUCCGUUGUCCGUGCGGUGGGAGCCGCUGUUCGCGUUUCUUCAGCCACCACGUCCACAGCCCGAGCUCUGCCGCUCAGCUGCCCGACACUGCGCUCUCCUAGUUCGGCAACAACCCGGCCCUUCACCCGGUCCCUCUGGAUGCUGAAUAACAACGGAGCCUCGUCAGGAUACAGGCCAAAACUGUUUAGUUCGAAAGUGUUGAACCCCUCGGUAUCGUGUGGAUGUGGAGGACUUCACACGGAAGGUGACAAAGCAUUUGGUGAAUUCCUGUCUGAUGAAAUCAAAGAGGAGAGGAAGAUCCAGAAAAAUAAAAGCCUUCCCAAGAUGUCUGGAGGAUGGGAACUGGAGAUGAACGGCACAGAGGCAAAACUCACAAGAAGUGUUGCUGGAGAGAAAGUCACUGUCACAUUCAAUGUCAACAACAGCAUUCCUCCUAACUUUGAGGAAGAGGCAGAACAAGGACAGCAGAAGUCAGCAGAAGAAGAGCCAGAAAUUGUGUCAUCACCGAACUUUGUUGUUGAAGUGACAAAACAGGCUUCAAAACAUUCCCUGGUGUUUGACUGCCAUUUUCCUGAAGACGAGAUGAGCCACGGUGAAGGAGAAGAGGAGAGCGACAUCUUUGCCAUUCGUGAGGUCAGUUUCCAGCCUGAGGGAGACUCAGAUUGGAAGGAGACCAGCUAUACACUCAACACAGACUCUCUGGACUGGGCCCUGUAUGACCACCUGAUGGACUUCCUGGCCGACCGGGGGGUGGACAACACCUUUGCCGAUGAAAUGAUGGAGCUGAGCACGGCCAUCGAGCAUCAAGAGUAUAUUAAGUUCCUGGAAGACCUCGUAGGCUUUGUCAAAUGUAACUAAUGUUAGCUAUAAGCUCAAUUUCACUUUUGUUCAACACACAUCUCAACAACAAAGUUGGAGGUAUGACGAGACCAUGAUCAGACUAAAGGCGGCACUGAUUUAUUGAAUGAUUGAUAGCUUUGGCACUCUAAAGCAACUGAUGAAUACUGCCAUUGGUGUCUGUCAGCCAUGUUGCCAGCGGUUGUCACAUUAAUACAACGUGAAAUGUUGCAAAUGUGUUCCCUUUGUUUAAAAUGUGACUAUAUUUUUCUGUAAGUUAAAGGAGGUAGUUUAAAUGAAAUAUAAUGAAGGCCAUGAACAAUGCAGGUCAGACAAUGUGCAGAAACCAUCAUUAUAAGAUAUAUAUUUAAAUUUUUAGUCUCAACUGCAGUGGUUUAAUGUGGUCCAAUUAGUAUCUGUGAAUGUUCAACUGUCCUAAAGCCAAUAAAGGGACAAUGUGUCAAGAUGUAAAGGCAAAACAUAAAGCUCCUUAAGUUAAGUUAUUGCUUCUGGUUUUAUAACUUGACAAUCCUGCUUAGCUUUUGAUAAGGGAGUUCAUGUUCACUAAUACUAAUGUGACUGACAGACUAUAAUGUGUGUAGUCUAAAUUUGAAUGGCACACAUCAGCAUGUCUUCAGUGAAUAGAAGAUCAGUGUCCAAUAAAACAGUUUAAUAUUAA